AAUCGCUUAACGGAAAAGGCACAUUUAGCUGAGCUUGACACAGAGCAAAUCGUACAAAGAUUUCAAACAGUAGACUUCACAGAGGAGACUUUACAGAGGAGAUUUCACAGAGUAGGUCGCACUUUUGAUCUGCGUAACAACAAGACGAGUUACAGCAAUACCUAAAGCUGAAAACAUGCCUCGGGAGAACAGAGCUCAGAGGAAAUCAAAUUGUGUAAAAGAGGUUGAAAAACUUCAAGAAAAGCGUGAGAAGAGACGACUUCAGCAACAGGAACUCAGAGAAAAGAGGGCCCAAGAAGUAGAUGUCAAUUUACCCAACUAUGAAAUUAUGUGCAUGAUCAGAGACUUCAGAGCCAGUCUGGACUACAGGCCCCUAACCUCCAAUGAUCUAAUAGAGGAGCACAGAAUAUGUGUGUGUGUGCGCGCUCGACCAUUGAAUAAAAAAGAGCUAUCAAUGAAGGACUUAGAUGUCAUCACUAUCCCAAGUAAAGAUGUUGUUAUGGUUCAUGAACCGAAGCAAAAAGUUGACCUGACACGCUACUUGGAGAAUCAAACAUUUCGCUUUGACUACGCUUUUGAUGAGAACUCCACAAAUGAAAUGGUUUACAGAUUUACAGCCCAGCCUUUGGUUGAGACCAUUUUUGAAAGAGGAAUGGCAACUUGCUUUGCUUACGGACAAACUGGAAGUGGAAAAACACAUACCAUGGGAGGAGACUUUUCAGGGAAGAACCAGGACUGCUCUAAAGGAAUCUACGCUCUGUCAGCCAGAGAUGUCUUUCUCAUGUUGAAAAAGCCAAACUACAAAAAGUUAGAUCUCCAGGUCUUUGCCACUUUUUUUGAAAUCUACAGUGGCAAGGUGUUUGACUUGCUGAAUCAUAAGGCCAAGCUGCGGGUAUUGGAAGAUAGGAAGCAGCAAGUCCAGGUGGUGGGCCUACAGGAGAGAGAGGUCAAAUGCACAGAAGAUGUCCUUAAACUAAUCGAAGUCGGAAACAGCUGCAGGACUUCUGGGAAGACAUCAGCAAACGCCCAUUCCUCCAGGAGCCAUGCCGUUUUCCAGAUCAUUUUGCGCAGACGAGGAAAGAUGCACGGAAAGUUUUCUCUUAUCGAUCUGGCUGGAAACGAGAGGGGAGCUGACACAUCCAGUGCAGACCGCCAGACUCGUCUCGAAGGAGCUGAGAUCAACAAGAGUCUGUUGGCUCUGAAGGAAUGUAUUCGGGCUCUAGGACGAAACAAACCCCACACUCCAUUUAGAGCAAGCAAAUUGACUCAAGUACUGAGAGAUUCCUUCAUUGGAGAAAACUCUAGAACUUGCAUGAUUGCUACAAUCUCCCCUGGAAUGGCAUCUUGUGAAAACACUUUAAACACUUUGAGAUAUGCCAACAGGGUCAAAGAGUUUGGCAUAAACCCUUCAGAUAUCUCUUUCACACAGAGCGGGGGAGGAGGGCGAUCUGAGUUGUCACCUACUUAUGAGGUCCAGGAUCUAACAGUGGAUCCUCUGGCAGCGAUGGACUGUCAUCAGGCUGGACACAUUAACCAGCUGGAGGUGCUUGAGGCCCAGUGGGGAGUUGGCAGCUCCCCACAGAGAGAUGAUCUGAAGUUGCUCUGUGAACAGAGUGAAGAGGAAGUUUCCCCACAGCUCUUCACUUUCCACAAGGCUGUGUCUCAGCUUGUGGAGAUGGAAGAGCAGGUUCUUGAGGACCACAGAGCUGUGUUUCAGAAGUCGAUUCGUUGGUUAGAAGAUGAAAUAGUACUUUUAGAAAUGACAAAGGAGGUAGACUAUGAUGGUGAAUCAUAUGCAACUCAACUUGAGCAAAUUCUGGAUCAGAAGAUAGACAUUCUCACUGAGCUGAGAGACAAAGUAAAGUCUUUUCGCUGUGCACUACAGGAGGAGGAGCAGGCUAGCAAACAGAUCACCCCAAAGAGGCCUCGGUUUAAAAAAGGAAUCGGUUUAAUUUAAUCUUGCCUAUAACCUUUGUACAUGGG